AUGAAGGGUAAGGUUAAUGCAAUUUUGGAAGCUAUCCAAGCCUUAAGAGCUGAAAAGGUUCCUGUCGUACAAGAAAUUCCUGUUAAUCAGCCUGAUGUCAGUCAAGCUAAUGUCAUUGAACCUAUCAUCGAACCUUUUGUUAAUCCUGAAUAUCGACCAAGGCUUGCUAAUGUUGUUUUUGGGAUGCCAUUUAGCUUCACGCCUGCUGAUACCCUUGGAGCUUCCCACCAAGGAGGACCUACGCCCAUAACUUCUGGAGUAUGGACUGUGACUGGGCCUAUUUUCUCAUUUCCUGCUCCACCUCCUCAUACAGAGAUUCCAUAUCCUGCUUUCUGUGGUCCUCAAUUUGCCAACCCAGAGAUGCACCCAAUACCAACUGUUGAAAGAGCUCAACCUGUUGAGAGAUCUGCUGAGAAGUAUCAAAUUCUUGAGGAAAGGAUUCGAGCUAUUGAAGGUUUUAGUGUCUAUGGAAUGGACGCUGAAGAGAUGUGCUUAGUGCCUAAUCUAGUUAUUCCACCCAAAUUCAAGACUCCCGACUUUCAGAAGUACAAAGGGUUAAGUUGUCCAAAGAGCCAUAUCAUCAUGUAUUGUCGAAUCUAG